AAACUGAACGCGUGGGAGGAAGGUGCGAUAGUGAUCAAAGGGAAAAAAAAUCUCUCUGUUGUGUGUAAGUGUGUGUAUGUGUUUAAGUUUGUGUUCGGUAGACCUAUUGGCAAACUAGUAGGAGAGAGAGAGAGAGAAAAAUAGAGAGAGAGAGAGGGGAGGGGGUAGAGCCAGGGAGAGAGAGAGAGAGAAGAGAGAGAGAACGUGCGUACGAGCGCUCAUGUAAAACCAGAUUAAAAACACAAGAUGGCUUCCUGAAUGGGCUGCAGGAACACAGACGAGAGAGAGAAAGAGACAGAGAAGAGUGGGGAGAGAGAGAGAAAGAGAGAGAGAAGAAAGGGAUAGAGGGAAAGAGGUGAAGACGAGAGGGAGUCGGAGUCCUCUGAUGGGGAUUUGGCCAGCGGACGGAGGAGUACAAACCGAGGCAGCUCAGAGGCUUGGAGGGUGGAAUAUUUUGAAGACAUCAGUCAAAGCAGUUUGGGAAACCUUAAGCUGGCAGCUGAGACUGUUCGGGAAGUCACUUCAGUGGAUGGCCCCAGAAGUGGAGGCCAAAUGGAAAUUGGGUCACAUGACCGCCUCCAGGAAGGCGCGCUGAACCUGGAACUGGCCAAUGGAGUGAAUCGCUACUGUACUGAUGAUGAAGAUUCUAUGGAAACGGAGCAGCAGAGGGCAGAAAGCAUGCCUCCGAGAAAGUGCUGGGUGGCAGGCAAAGGCAAAGUUAGUGAUACCCAACAAAAGCAGCCAGGUUGGAACAGCAGCAGUGGUUCAACCCCUGGUGAGCCUGUGCACCAUGCAAACAUGGAGGAUGCCCACAAUCUGGUGGCUUUUUCCGCUAUUGCUGGCUCCUUGCCUCCCUCUUCUUCCUCAUCCUGCCUUCUUGCGCAGCCCAACACAGCCCAGUUAUAUGAAAGGUUCACCCAGGAGAUGGGUGCUGAGGGGGCUCAUGCCAGAAUCUCUGAAGGUGUUCCUGAGGGAAGGCGUCAAACUCCAGAAGACCUGAACACCCUACAGACAGCACUGAGCCAAGCCAAACACGGACACAAGCCCGCUAACUGCAACUGUGAUGGGCCUGACUGUCCAGACUACCUUGAGUGGCUGGAUAAGAAGAUUAAGUUGGCAACCAGCGAGGACCAAGGUGCCCCCAAGACCACUGAUGCUCCCCCACACUUAGACCCUCAUCUACAACAACCCCGUUUGCAGCAUCAACAUCAGCCCUACACCCAGGUGAAUGGUGGCCACCAUCUUUCUACUUCAUACUCUAAGCAGCUACAGGGAUCUCAAGGCCCAUACCCAGACCAAGUGCCCUGCUCCAAACCCCCUAUUCCUUGCUCCCCCCAGGUGCUCUCCCUAGCCAAGGCAAAGAACAUCAAUCUUCAGACAGCUAUUGCCAUUGAAGCCCUGACCCAGUUAUCUGGUACCAAUCCACAAGCUGUUGGCAUUCCUGGUCAAAGCCCUUACAACAGUAACCUUCAUCACCACCAACAUACCCAGAAUCUCCCAUCCCAGCCACCCAAUGGUUCUAGCUUGAUUCUGCACUCUCCUGGCACCCACUCAUCAUCCUCACGCUGCCAGUCCGUCCCCCCAGGAAUACACACCAGCCAGCAGGCUCCAGUGUCCUUUGAGCACCACAGGCCCCAGUCACAGGGCCAGCCACCUCAUGCUUCCCCUCUCCCCUCCUCUACCUCUCCCUUCCAAGGUCAGGGAAAACCUCCAGGCUUCAGCCACAGUCCCCAACAAUGGCAGAAGGGCCAAGGUAGAGGCUCUGAACAGAGGAAUUCAUGGACGUGUAUUAAGACUGAGCCCAAGUCUCACUUUGCUGCUGCACCUCACAGUAGCUCAGACCCUAUGUCAGAGCUCAAACAGCUGCUUGGGGACACCAGUGGUACAUUCAGCAAUGCUCCUUUCAAGCUUCCAAUCACUCAGCAGCUCAGCUUGAACCAGAAUGGAGGUAUCCCGGCCCAGGAUAACCCAGCACUGUCCAGGUUAAAGCAAGAGCAAGACUCUGGUGAGCACUAUCAUCAUGCUGCCUCCAUGGGACAUUAUGGCAUGGCUAAUGGUCAGCAGCAGGGUCAGCACUACCCUGGCACUCACUUGUCACCGGGCCAAGCAGUCAUCAGCCACUCCACUCAGGCAGCUUUACAACAGCACCUUCACUACAAGAGGAACCUCUUCUCUAACCACUCCCCUGGCUUUGGAGCACCAGGCCCAUCUGCACCUUUGGCUUGCCAAAGCUUGAAAAAAUGGUGGCCACAGAUGGAGGCAGAAGGUUUGCCACAUCUAGUCAUCAAGCAGGAACCUAAAGAACCCAGGAAGAAAAAGAGUGUCCAGGGGUCUCCUGUAUUAAAAGGUAUAAGUGGGAUGCCUGCAAGCUCUCCCUUGCCCAAACCCAAACAGAUAAUCAUCAAGAAGACCAAGCAGAAAGCUUCCAUGCCAACAUUCCUGCCUCAGAUUCAGAUCAGUGUAAAAAAAACAUCAGUCCUCAUGAUGGACAGAGCCCCGGCCCUGACCAGCCUGCAAGCAGGUUGUUUCCCUCCUCUGCACCUCCAUAAUAACUCCACUCAGGCUUCUGCUGCAGGCCCCCCUGCCCCAGCCCAAUCUCAGGUAUCCAUGUCCAACUCCUCAAUGACUCCCUCUUUCACCGUUUCUGCUUUGUCAGAAAACACUCCAGCCCAUAUGGGCCCUCUGCCCCCACCUAUGGCUCCUGCAGCCCAUGCUAAGUCAGAAGGAAUAGGCACCCUGGCCCCCAGUAACACCAGCACCACCACACCUCUGACCUCCAUGUCUCCAUCCAGCACCUCACAAUUACCAAGUCUGAUCAACAUAGACCCUAAGUACGAAGAUCUGAUUCGCCAGUUUGAGGCUGAAUUUGGGGACGCCCCAGAUGCUUCUGCUGGUCAGCCAAUGGAGGAAAUUGCUAUAGCACCACAGCUGGGGAAUCAGUCCCAGACCAGUCCUCGGGACCUCAGUACCACAUCCUCAUCCAUGUCCCAGUCAGCUCCCUCAGUUCUCACCACUCAAGCUAGCUCUAAACCUCAUCCAACUGAUCAGGAGAUGGAUGCUCACAAGGAUGAGUCAGGGACCCAAAUUGAAUCAGCCAUGACCCAGGCUUCCACAGAUACCCCUGUGAAGGAGAAGCAUGAGGGCCCCCUCCAUGUCUCCCUGCAUCAUGAGGCAAUGUUGGACAAGCAGCAGCAACCCAGUGUGAUAGAGGAUAAUUUCAGCAUUCCUUGUUCCCCGCUGCCUAAACGCAUGAAGAUUGAAACCUCGGGUGAUAUAACAGUACUGUCCACCACAUGCUAUUCUGAAGAGGACACUCCGACAAAGGACAGUCUGCCUUCCUCUCCAUCUCUCAGAGGCUUCCUCGAGUCUCCUCUGCGUUACCUGGAGAGCCCCACCAAGAGCUUGCUGGAUACUCCCUCCAAGGAUCUACAGUCAGAGUUUCCCACCUGUACCUGUGUGGAACAAAUCCAGGAGAAAGAUGAAGGACCCUACUACAAUCACCUGGGAUCUGGACCUACUGUUGCAUCCAUCCGAACUCUUAUGGAGACCAGGUAUGGAGAGAAAGGGGAAGCUGUCCGGAUUGAGAAGGUGGUGUACACAGGCAGAGAGGGAAAAAGUUCACGAGGAUGUCCAAUCGCAAAGUGGGUCAUCCGCCGUGGCAGUGAGAAAGAGAAACUGCUUUGCCUGGUGCGUGAGCGUGCUGGCCACCACUGUGCCAACGCUGUCAUCAUCAUCCUCAUUAUGGCCUGGGAAGGUGUCCCCAAGAUGCUGGCUGACAAGCUGUACCGUGAGCUCAGCGACAGCCUCACCAAAUAUGGCAACCCCACCAGCCGACGCUGUGGCCUGAAUGAUGACCGUACCUGUGCAUGUCAAGGCAAGGAUUCCGAGAGUUGUGGCGCUUCCUUCUCAUUUGGCUGCUCGUGGAGUAUGUACUUUAAUGGCUGCAAGUACGCUCGAAGCAAAUUGCCGCGCAAGUUCAGGCUACAAGGAGAACGCCCUGAAGAGGAAGAGAAACUCAGGGAUAACUUUCAGGAUCUGGCAACGGAGGUGGCUCCUUUGUACGAACGGCUCGCCCCACAGGCUUACAGUAAUCAGUGUCAGACAGAGUCCAAAGCUCCAGAGUGCAGGCUGGGCUUAAAGGAAGGCCGACCGUUCUCUGGAGUCACUGCUUGCAUGGACUUCUGCGCCCACGCUCAUAAGGACCAGCACAAUCUCCAUAAUGGUUGCACAGUGGUGUGCACUUUAACUAAAGAGGACAACCGUUCGGUGACGGAGAUCCCUGAUGACGAGCAGCUUCAUGUGUUGCCUCUCUACAAGAUUUCCCGGACUGAUGAGUUUGGCAGCGAGGAGGCCCAGAACCUCAAGAUGAAAACAAAAGCCAUCCAUGUCCUGCAGGCUUUCCGCCGUGAAGUACGCAAAUUGCCUGAACCUGCCAAGUCUUGCCGACAGCGCCGACUGGACGCCAAGAAGGCUGCGACCGAGAAGAAGAAAAUGAAACUAAUGCAGCAGGCAGGGGAGAUGCAAUUGAAAACAGUGGUGAAGACUGAGGUCUGCAAUGCAUCUCAACCCCAAGCCAAUAAAGCAAUUAUAAAACAAGAGAUGAAUCCCAACAUUAAGAAGGAGCCCUUCAACGGAUCAAUUGAUGGAUACCCUGUGCAGGCAGCAGACCCAUUCAACAACAUUUAUCCACACCCUGCCUACUAUGCAAGGGGAGGCCUCCCCCCAAAUGGCCAGCCCUCUGCACCUGAUCUAGUGAAUGGUUACCAUCCACCAACCAAUCUGCCCGCAGUGCACUAUGGCUACUACAACUACCCACCUAAUGCACUUUUCCCCCCUAAGCUGAGAACCUACGAGGGUCGAAAUGGCUCUUUGCCCAAAGCAGGCGGUAAGGCUGUCCAAGUAGACCAGAAACCUGAUAUUCAGAACCUUCAGGCCAAACUGGCCCAGUCCUACCCUGGCCACCUGGAGCAAACCAGCCAACCACACCAUAGCGCUUAUGGCCAGCCUGCAGAUUACAACCAGUCCCGUCCUUCCUCUGUCUCCUCUGAGCACUCCAACAGGGGCACUCCAGUAAUCAAACAGGAGCCUAUGGAUGUGCCAGUCUAUGAAGGCACAGUGCCAAGCCAGGCUGGUGCUAACACACCAAGCAACAUCAUUCAGCAUGCUGCUUGGCCAGGACACAAGCUUAAUGGAAGUAUCGCUCCAUCAAACUGGGACAGCCAUCUGAACCAGAAACAAAGCUCUGAAGCCUCAUCACUGAACCAGGAAAAGCAGCAGUUUCACCAACACUCACAGCAGCGGCAGUCUUCUCCCUUCCCCCAGCAGUGGGCAUCAUACCCAGGCUCGCAUGCCAUGAUGGCCUCCCCUGCCCCAUCACCAACACACCAGGUACCUCUCUCUCCAUCUCCAUCCCCUUACCCUGGCACUCCGCUACAAGGCAACAUAUACCAAGGCUCUGCACGUCCUUCCACCCCACACUCAAGCACCCCUCACCCAGGUACACCACAGCCUGGCACCUCUCACUCACGCUCAGUUACAACACAGCCAGGUACCCCAGACCCUGGCAACCCCAGACACUGGCCCAGCUCUGCUGCAUAUAGCCCUGGUUUGAAGCACAGCAAUCCUGCAGCAUACCCUGACAAAAUCUGGUCCAAGUCUGGGGAGAAUCGAUGUUCCACUCCCCUUGGGCUCCAGGAGAAGGCCUGGAAGUCUUGUGGAGGUUCAGUGGCAGGCAGUACUCCGUCCCCUGCCCCUGAGGGCCGUCUCUUCCCUGAUGCCCUGCAGCAGUCAGAUCAGGUCAACUGGGACUUCAGGCGAGCUGAGAGUGACAUCGAGAGCAUGAGGCGCCGGGAAGAGGACGAGGUGUACUCGGACAGCGAGCACAACUUCCUGGAUCCCAAUAUUGGGGGUGUAGCUGUUGCACCAGCCCAUGGCUCCAUCUUGAUUGAAUGUGCCCGUCGGGAAUUACAUGCCACCACACCACUCAGAAGGCCUGAUCGCUCCCACCCCACCCGUAUCUCUCUGGUCUUCUACCAGCACAAGAACCUCAACCAGCCCAUGCACGGCCUGGCUCUGUGGGAGGCCAAAAUGAAGAUACUGGCGGAGCGAGCACUGCAGAGGCAGCAGGAAGCGGCCCUCCUUGGCCUCUCCCAGGAAGACAUCAAGGCCCUCGGUAAGAAACGCAAAUGGGGGGCUACAGCAGCAGGUGCGAGUCCUGGCCCAGGACAAUCUAAAGACAAGAGGGAAGGGCCAGUGACAAGGUUAGCCCCCACGUUCCACACCACCUCUAUGGUUACUGUGUCUCCCUAUGCCUUCACCCGCCUCACUGGGCCCUACAGCCACUUUGUCUGAGGUCAGACAGACACAAACUGACUACAGAGUGGUGCAGUGAAGGGCUGGAGACAGUAAUGAGCAGGAUGAAUGUCUCUCCGCCCGUCUAACAGCCUGGCAUCUCUGAAUCCUGCCCCCUCUGCUGUCCGCUUGGAGGAGGGGACAUUUUUAUUGUUUUUUACCUCAUGUCAGGCAGUGGUUUUGACUUCAGACACACUGCCUGUGGUGCUCUGUCUCUCUCUUCCCUGGAGAGGAACUCCAUUGCUUUCUCUUGUUUGUAGAAUUUUAAUGGUUCUAAUUAUUGCUAUUAUCAAUAUUAUUAUGAUUGCUAUUGUUACUGUCAAUGUUGUUAUUACAGGUAUUAUUAUAAUGAAGACUUUUUUUUUAUUAUUGAUGUUUUCAUUAAUGUUAUUAAUGAUAGAAUUUUUUGCUUAUAUAUAUUUUUCAAAUCAAUCAGUCUGAGUCAGUGGGACUCUAACAUUUUUUUUUUUCAUGUUUGGAAAACAUGUCCCCUAUUUUCUAUUUGAUUUUCUUUGUUCUUGUCAAUAUUCCAGCUGUGCUUAGAGGAGGAGCCAUUAUUCGGGGGCAAUAAAGCAAAUCAAUAUCACAGUAAUCAUACCACUCUUUAUAGUAAAGCCUUCACAGCAGGCUUCCCGUAGAUAUAUAUCUCUAUGAUGGACAGAUAUGAAACCUUCAUUUAAUACAAUUUAGUUCAGGCCACCAUAAAAAUAUAUUUAAAUAUUAUCAAUGUGGGUCUAAAUAUUCUAAAUUUGGCUGUCCUGCUCAAUGCUCCACAUUUUCCACAGUAGAUGGUUUCAGUGUGUAUCUGAGAGCAGUGAUCCCAUGCUCUGAAGUCAUAAAUAAUAAUAAAUCAUAGAUAAUCCAAUCUUUCUGAUGCAAAUAGGAGUAAUUUAAAGCCCCAUUUAAAAAUGAUAACCAUUAGCCCUUAAACCCCAAAUUACUGCUUACCUUGUACCUCGAUGAUGCGCUCCUCUUCCGCCUCUUCUACACCCUCCAGCUUUCAAUUGGUGCUCAACUUUCAGCUCUGUUUGAUUUUCAUUCCACUACUCUUCAUGAGACUUGAUGCUGUUUUUGUUCUGGUGCUCAAGCUCAGAUCUGGCUCAAAUGGUAUUUGCAAGUAAAUAUUUUUAUUUGGACCUAGGUGGAGUAUCAGAGUGAUUGGGAUUAUUUUUAUUGACAAGUGCAGGAAAUUUACCAUGCACAGAAAAGUAUAAUGACUAAUGACAUAUUUUGUUUCCUAUGUGGAAAACAUCUGGUAAUCCACAGAGGUUAAAAUAAGUGGUACUAUUUUCAAAUGGGGUUUGAACCAGAUCAGCAAAUAUCAUAUAGAGAGUUAUAGGUGGCACUCUAGAUCUUCCGAUCACAUUCAAGUGGGGUUGACCACUUUCCAGUGUAAACUCUAGAGGGCAGCAGUGGCUGCUGUUUCAAGGUGGCGUGUACAAACAAACCUUCAAGUACUUGAGAUCCCUUCAGAAACCAGUAGUCUUGCAUUGCUGCUUUUACCAUCUAUGGCCAGUAGAGGGGGAUCUCACACCCUGUUUGCUGAUCAUGUAUGAGCUUUGCCAAAGCAGCACCAGGUAACGCUGAACUUUGCCCCAUUGUGGCACAAAUGUGAAUGAAGAACAGAGAUGGCUUUGGGAGGCCCAUCCUGGGUCAGAGCAGAAGGACACAGUGCUGGGAUAGUGGUGCUUUUCGGUGCUCGUAGAAACACUCUGGUGCUCUCCUAUUACACUUGAUUUACUGUGAAGGGCCCACUCCAUCCUCUGCAUGGUGCUGUCAUCUUGGAGCAGAGCGAGGCGUGUCCUUCUGCAGGAACCUUUUCGCCACAGAGCCAACCAAUCAAAGCAGCGGCCUUGUGUUCGCAGCUCUGUCACUGGGCUUUAGAAAAGGUUCCUUCUGAGGGGAUUGUUUUGCAGUUUAUCAUAGAAAAGAGGUUUGAUCUCACACACAAGUACACUGUACAGAGCAGGGAAAGCAACAUUUUUCGAUGCGUUCUCAGUAACUCAUUCACAGAAAAAAUUACAGCACUGAGAGUCAAAGAGAGAUUUUUCAAAAGUAGUGGCGCUUCUGGGAUUUGGCAUCAAAUGCAACUGCAUUGAGUCAAUGAAUCUCUCACUUUGUGUGUGCAUGUGUGUGUGCGUGUGUGUUUGUGUGUGAAAGAGAAGAACCAAAGAGAGAGACUAUUGAUAACAGCCAGUAUAGUCCCAUGAAUGCCUCAUUUUUAUAAUCUCUCCAUGAAGCAGGUAUCAUGGUUUGCUUUCAACAUAUGAUGAAAGUUACAAUGAACAUGAGCGACUAAUAGAACUUGACACAGACUAACUCCUGGAUUCUGGGUGGUUGUUGGGGUCAAGGCCCAUCUGUGAAAGACCCUGUCACCCCUCCAUGGGGGUGAGUCUCCAGCUCUGUACCUCACACUGUAGAGACACUGGUCACAAUCCCAACGUGCUAAUGAGGGCAGAGAAUCAAGCAUAUGUCCCUUUGUGUGCUCUAGACCUCCUCACUCGUUUAACCUCCUUUUUUUUUUUUUUUACUCUUUAUUUAUUAUUACAUGGUGAUGAUGAUAAUGAUUGUCUUUGAUGUUUUUUUCAUCUUUUUUAUAUAGCUAAUACAAAUUGUACAUACAGAAGAAAAGAUUUAUAAAAGCACUUUUAAUCUUGAUUUUAAAGACAAAAAGAAAGAGCCGAAUAUUCACAACUUGAAGCUUAGUUUUUUUGGGGGGGUUUCUCAAGAGAGACUUAAAAAAUGUAUAUAUUAAAAUAUUUAGGUAAGAUUAUUUAACUGGUGAGGAUAGCAACUAAACAAUGACAUGAAAAGGGGGUAUUUUGAAGUGUCUGACAGACCUUAACAACAGUAAACAACACUUGGAUCCGAUGUGUUGUGUGUAAAUGUGUGCUUCGUAACACUGCUGUUUUGCUUACUUAAGUACUGUUCCCCAUGUCAGCAUGUAACCGACAAAGACCAGUCACUUUCUAGAAACUCAUUAGCCCACUUAUCGAAUGGAACUGCACUUGACUUACUCACUUAUGAUCCCCCCAUGUUGUCUGACCAAAACCUCUACUAAUAACAUCUGUAGAGAAAAUCUCAUUAUAAAGUCAUAGUAAUGUCUGAUUUUAAUUUAAACCUGAAAAAUAUCACAACUCAACAACAAUGGUCAGUAAGCUAAGGACAAAUCUGAGUAGAUAGCCACAAACCUGAUCUGCACUGUCAUUUGUUUAAAGGAGUAGUUCAACAUUUUGGGAACAAUGAGAAUAUCGAAGCCACUUCCACAUCUGAAUGAUAAAUGUCAAUCUAGAGCCAGCAGCUGGUUAGCUUUACUUAGCAUUAUGUGUAGAAACUAUGGGGAAAAAAACUCCUAUUGUUUUCACACUUCGAUUUUUGUAUGGAUCACAUAGCGUGCUAGGCAACUGUUUUAGUAUUUCAUGCCAACACACGUGAAAGAGCUUCAGUGUUUCCAAGUCUCUCUGCGAGAAAGUAAAUAAGUGUAUUUAACCACAAUGUUGAACUGUUCCUGUAAUAUCAGUAGACCUGCUCUUGUUUAACCAGUGGAGCCACAUGUUACAAAUGCUUAGGGUCACACUGGGGGCUGCAGAUCAAGUCUAAAGUGAACCAGUGGGCAAUGUUUUAGCGAGUAAUUAAACAACCACAAUCUUUGUCAGUUGUGUUAGACUAUCAGGUAUAUCUGCCUCCCUGCUUGUUUAGAUGUAUCUGUCAUAAUAAUCUAAUCUAGUUCUCAUAAUAGUAAGUAUGCACUUGACGUUCCUGUGGAGGACACAGUGUUUAGGUUGUGAUGAUAAUUAUAAAACACACACACACACACAUUAUGGUUAACAGUAGUGUGAUUGGUGCAGGGGAAGAGACUGGACCCACUUUUCCUUUUUUAACCCUGAUGCAUGGCCCACAUUAUAUACACAUACACAUUUAACCUAAUCGAGGGUGCUGAGGAUACGGUAUACAUCAUACCUUAAUAACUGUACAUUUCUAAAUGACUCACCAGUUUGGUGGGUGCUUCUUGCAAGGGUUGGUGCUAUUCUGAUGCUACACCUUAAAUUCAGUGUGUGUUUUAAGAAAUUUUAGGGAUAUAAAUGAUCACCACAAAUAUUUUUCUGAGCUCCUCGGAUGUCCAGAGGAUUAUACUGGUUAAGGCAGUUUCACGGGAUUGGAAGCUGCCCUGGUGCUGACUUUCUGAAAAGUCUUUUGUUACAACGCUACAAAUGUACAUCUCUUUUUUGAGGGCAGGGGGAGACUCAAACAGCUGAUCCUACUCUGUAUCAACAUUCAUUCCAUGUUGUACUUGAAGUCAUUUAAACUCGGACGAGAUAUAGAAUCAGAUUAUAUGAGGACUGUUAUCUGGGGUUCAUGUUUGGUACAGCGCAAGUACCAAAGGUUAUUAAAAUUAUCUUUUGAGUAUGUUGUAUAUGUUCAUGUUAACUGAAGAUAUUUGGAAAAUACAAGGCUAGCCAUUGUGUAAUGCCUCCCUCUUCUUCUCCCUAGUCAUGCACUUCCUUUACUCCACCACUCUCUUUCUCUUAACACCUUGUAUAUUUUGUCUUUCACACACACACACACACACACACACACAUAGACAUACAUAUGCAUCUCAAUGUGUAUGACCCUAAUUUAAGGAACACUCCAAAUUUGAGAAAGAGACUUUGACCAUGGCCCAUUAAAAAAACAAAAAAAAAGACAAAAAAAAAAAAGAUAACGAACCAACACAACUGGCAGCUACAUUCCUUUUUGAGUUUUGGGAUUGUUCUUGGUUCUUUAUUUUUCAUGUCAAGGAUGCAGUAUGUAAAAAAAGUGUUUUUGUUCAGUCUCUCUCUCUUUGUAGCUGUAUGGUGUGUUAUGUGAAUACAUAGUGUAUGUGGUAAAAAGCCCACAAUAUUGUUUUAUGUUGCGCGAUAAAUAAAAACAUUGAAGUGAAAACGUA